AUGCGUUAUGGUUCGAAGUUUGUUGUUUUUGUGGCUAUCUCCAGCCAGGUCACCCACAUCGCGCCUCCCGAUGCGAAGGGCAAAAUCAUUGGCGAGCCUGUGGUCCAGGAAGGCGUCAUCAACGUCCCCCUGAAGUCACUGGGUCUCUGCGGCAGCAUGACUGGGGCCAAGUUCGUGAGCACCACCGAAGUCUAUCCAGAUAGCCCGAAG